CACUGAGACCAUUCCACAGCCCCUGAAUGACAAGACAGGCCUUCAAACUGAAGACUACCUGGCUAGGAGUGCAGGCGCUGUUCUGCCAGUUUGCCACAAUUCAGGAUGUGUGGAAUCUGUCCGACCUACCCCUGCGAUGGACCCCUAAGAACACCAGCUGCGCCAGCGGCAUGGGGUGCCAGGACACGUUGGUGCUCAUUGAGAGUGGACCCCAGGUGAGUGUGGUGCUCUCCAAGGGCUGCACGGAGGCCAAGGACCAGGAGCCCCGCGUCACUGAGCACCGGAUGGGCCCCGGCCUCUCCCUGGUCUCUUACACCUUCGUGUGCCGCCAGGAGGACUUCUGCAACAACCUCCUUACCUCCGUCCCGCUUUGGGCCCCGCAGCCCCCAGCAGACCCAGGAUCCUUGAGGUGCCCAGUCUGCUUGUCUAUGGAAGGCUGUCUGGAGGGGACAACAGAAGAGAUCUGCCCCAAGGGGACCACACACUGUUAUAAUGGCCUCCUCAGGCUCAGGGGAGGAGGCAUCUUCUCCAAUCUGAGAGUCCAGGGAUGCAUGCCCCAGCUGGGCUGCAACCUGCUCAAUGGGACGCAGGAAAUUGGGCCCGUGGGUAUGACUGAGAACUGCAAUACGAAAGAUUUUCUGACCUGUCAUCAGGGGACCACCGUGGAGACGCAGAGAAACUCGGCUCAAAAACCCACUGAUUGGACCACAUCUAAUACCAAGAUGUGCGAGGCGGGGCAGGUGUGUCAGGAGACGCUGCUGCUCGUUGAUGGAGGACUCACAUCAACCCUGGUGGGGACCAAAGGCUGCAGCGCUGUUGGGGCUCAAAAUUCCCAGAAGACCACCAUCCAUUCAGCCCCUCCCGGGGUGCUUGUGGCCUCCUAUACCCACUUCUGCUCCUCGAACCUGUGCAAUAAUGCCAGCAGCAGCAGCGUCCUGCUGAACUCCCUCCCUCCUCAAGCUGCCCCUAUCCCAGGAGACCGGCAGUGUCCUACCUGUGUGCAGCUCUUUGGAACCUGCUCAAGUGACUCCCCCCGAAUGACCUGCCCCAGGGGCGCCACUCAUUGUUAUGAUGGGUACAUUCAUCUCUCAGGAGGUGGGCUGACCACCACAAUGAGCAUUCAGGGCUGUGUGGCCCAACCUUCCAGCUCCUUGUUGAACCACACCAGACAAAUCGGGAUCUUCUCUGUGCGUGAGAAGGGUGAUGAGCCGCCUCCUGCCCCUCAGCCUGAGGGAGGUGGGGCUGGGGACCUGGAGUCUCUCACGUGGUGGGUGGGGCUAGCACUGGCCCUGGCACUCUGGUGGGGGGCGGUUUGCCCUUCCUGCUAACUGUGGGCGGCAAGACAUCCAGGUGCCAAGGCAAGAGACCGAGUGCACGAGCUGUUCCAGUAUAAUAAAAUAUAUA